AAAUAAAAGGGUAGCAGAAAGAAGGAAUUGUGGUAACAUUAAAUAAUAAAGGCAAUUGGAAGAGUAAGCUUUGGCUUUUGGUAUCCGCCGAAUAAUGACUUUACGCCGUCUAAUACAAGACAUGAUUUAUCCCCAUUUUCAGAUAUGAACGCCGCCUCCUCCGCUGUCUCCACCGCCUGUCUUCUUCUCCACCUCCCUUCUCAUGGUCACCACUGCCACCGCCGAUUCCCCCACUCCCCCUUCCUCCAAGCGCAAUAAACUGGCUCUCCACCAACACCCCUCUUCGCCCCUCCUCCCCGGCCUCCCCGAUCACGUAGCUCAAUUCUGCCUCUCCCAUGUCCCCCCUUCUCUCCUCUUCUCCGUAAGCCGCUCGUGGCGGCGCCUCCUCUAUUCCCCUUCCUUUCCCCCUUUCUCCUCCCUUUACGCCCUUCUUUCUUCCUCCUCUAAUUCCCUCGAUUUCUUCAAUUUCGAUCCAAUCUCUUCGAAAUGGAGUCCUCUCCCUCCUCCACCGAAUUCCCCUUCUUCCCAUCUCUUGAUCCACCACCCUUCUUUCCUCUCCCGCCACCUCCCUGUUCAAUCCCUCUCUGUUUCCGGCCACCUCCUCCUCCUCGCCGCCACCACCCAUAACCUCCUCCCCGCUCUCCCUCGCCCUCUCCUCUUUUCCCCCUUUUCCAAUUCCUGGCGUUUAGCCCCUCCUCUCCCCACCCCUCGCCGUUGGUGCGCUGCCGGCGCUCUCCGUGGCUCUGUUUAUGUCGCUAGUGGAAUUGGAUCUUUCUUCUCUACUGAUGUAGCUAGAUCUGUUGAGAGAUGGGAUUUGAAAGCCAACGGUGCUGGUGACUGGGAGAAGGUUAGUGGGCUUAAGGACGGAAGAUUUAGUAGAGACGCCAUUGAUGCAGUGGGAUGGAAAGGUAAACUCUGUAUGGUGAAUGUGAAAGGGCAUGCGCUUAAAGAAGGAUUGGUUUAUGAUUUGGAAAAGGAUGAGUGGGAAGAUAUGCCGGAAGGGAUGAUCGGAGGGUGGAGAGGACCGGCGGCCGCCAUGGAUGAGGAAGAUAUGUAUGUGGUGGAUGAAGUAAGUGGAAGUUUGAGAAGGUAUGAUUCAGAGAGGGAUUUUUGGGAAGACGUAAUGGAAUCCAAUCGGCUGAAAGGGGCGGUGCAGAUGGCGGCCGGCGGUGGAAGAGUGUGCGUCGUGUGCGGUGGAAGUAGAGGGGAAAUAGUGGUGGUGGAUGUGGUGGCGUCGCCGGCGCGGUUGUGGGUGGAGCCGACGCCGCCGGGAACAGAGGUGGUCGCCGUUCACGUGCUGCCGAGAAUGAAUUGGGCUGCGGACUCAUGAUUGGCCGCCGUUUACCGCCGGGAAGUGAUUUUUCUUCCUUCCUUUCUUUUUUUCUUUUUUGGAUUUUUUCUUUUUAAAUUAAAAAUAUUGUGUUAUUGUUUAAUAUAUUAAUAGAAAGAUAAUACGGAGAAUUUAAUUGAUUAAUUAUUAUUAUUUUUUUUUUGGGGUAAGUAAAGGAAAAGUGGAAAUUUGUCGGUUUAAAGAAGAGCAGUUUGUUAUUUUAUUGGUUUGAGUUGGUGAAACAAUUUAUUCUCCA